CACAACUUUUACGACUCACAUUCAUUUUUCUUCAUCAUCAAAUUCAGUCUGACUUCUCUGUCCUUACCGCAAAUAUGUUAAAACUAGUCUUGGCCACCUUAUCAGGGUGGUGGGGAAACGGCAAUAUAGACGGAGAGGUUACAACCACCAUUCUCAUAAUCACCACUCUCCUUUCUGUAUUGUUUCUUGUAUGGAUGUUAACAUCAAAACCUUCCGACCCACCACUGCCACCCGGCCCACGACCUCUACCACUCGUCGGAAACCUAUUAUCUCUCGAACCCGAACUCCACACCUACUUUGCCGCAGUAGCUAAAACAUACGGCCCGAUUUCGAGGCUCUGGCUGGGUAAAAAGCUGGGUAUUCUCAUCACCUCUCCGGAGUUGGCCCGUGAGGUGCUGAAACAAAACGAUACAAUCUUUGCCAACCGAGAUGUUCCGGUUGCGGGGUUAGAGGCAACAUACGGUGGAAACGAUAUCCUUUGGACCCCUUAUGGCGAUCAGUGGCGGAUGUUGAGAAAGAUCUGCGUUCGUGAAAUGCUUGGUACCCAAGUUUUGGAUUCGCUUUACUCACUACGCCGGAAAGAGGUCAGGAACACCGUGAAAUACUUGUACAAUAAUGUCGGGUCGCCGGUGAACAUUGGGGAACAGAUGUUUUUGACGGUGUUGAAUGUGAUUACCGGAAUGAUGUGGGGUGGCACCGUAAAGCCUGAAGAUAGGGAGAGAGUAGGCGCAGAUUUUCGACAACUGAUAAGUGAGUUGACCGGAUACUUGGGGAUGCCUAACUUGUCGGAUUUUUAUCCUGUUUUGGCACGGUUUGAUCUGCAAGGAGUUAAAAAGAAUAUGAAAGUAUUGGCGAAGAGAUUUGAUGGGAUUUUUGAGAAAAUGAUUGAUCAAAGGAGGAAAAUGGGUGGGGAUGAAAACAAGGAUUUUUUGCGGUUUUUGUUACAACUUAAAGACCGUGGAGAUUCCAACCCACCAUUCACCAUCUCUCAUCUCAAAGCCGUGCUUAUGGAUAUGGUGGUUGGAGGGAGUGAUACAACCUCAAAUACAAUUGAGUUUGCCUUGGCCGAGAUGAUGAGCCACCCCGAAAUCCUCAGGAAAGCCCAAAAAGAAUUAGAGACUGUCGUCGGAAAAGACAACAUAGUUGAAGAAUCCCACAUUAGCAAUCUACCCUACCUAUAUGCUAUCAUGAAAGAAACUCUUCGAUUUCAUGCUAUACUUCCCCUCUUGGUCCCUCAUUGUCCGAGUGAGUCAUGUGUGAUUGGCGGCUACACGGUCCCCAAAGGCGCUCGGGUGUUUGUGAAUGUGUGGGCAAUACAUAGAGACCCUACCAUUUGGGAUAACCCAUUGGAAUUUCAACCUGAAAGGUUCUUGGAUUGGAAGUGGGAUCAUACUGGUAACGACUUAAGUUAUAUCCCGUUUGGGUCUGGGCGAAGGAUUUGUGUAGGGAUUGCUAUGGCAGAGCGGAUGUUUAUGUUUUUAGUUGGAUCCAUUAUUCAUUCAUUUGAUUGGAAAUUGGGCGAAGGAGAAAAACAUGAUCUGUCUGAAAAGUUUGGCAUUGUGAUGAAAAAGAAGGUAGCUCUCAUUGCAAUCCCGACACCAAGAUUUUCAAAUCCCACACUAUACGAGUGAUGAUUUUAAUGGUGAUGUAUUAUAUUUAAUCCCAACCACAAAUAGUGUGGGAAUUGAACUUCCAAAAUUUCCUUACUUGUACCGCCACUAUAAACUUAAUAAAACGUGACAAACCCCACACAUAUUAUUUUGAUUGCCACAGUUAUUAUUUUUAUCAUAGUUAUAUGGCUAAGUUUUCUGG